ACAGCGGGACCAGGGCUCAGUGGACCCCGGGGAACAGUCACUACAACCCGGGCAGCGGCGGUACGAGAGACCCCGGACUCGGGGGGAGAAGCGGCGCUCACUAGGCCCGAUAUCAUCAGCAGCAGCGGCGGGACCAAGGCUCUGUGGACCCCGGGGAACAGUCACUACAACCCGGGCAGCGGCGGUACGAGAGACCCCGGACUCGGGGGGAGAAGCGGGCGCUCACUAGGCCCGACAUCAUCAGCAGCGGGACCAAGGCUCUGUGGACCCCGGGGAACAGUCACUGACGCCCGGGCAGCGGCGGUACGAGAGACCCCGGACUCGGGGGGAGAAGCGGGCGCUGACUAGGCCCGACAUCAUCAGCAGCAGCAGCAGCAACAGCGGGACCAGGGCUCUGUGGACCCCGGGGAACAGUCACUACGACCCGGGCACCGGCGGUACGAGAGAGACCCCGGACUCGGGGGGUGAAGCGGGCACUCACUAGGCCCGAUACUAUCAGCAGCAGCAACAGCGGGACCAGGGCUCAGUGGACCCCGGGGAACAGCCACUACGACCCGGGCACCGGCGGUACGAGAGACCCCGGACUCGGGGGGAGAAGCGAGCACUCACUAGGCCCGACAUCACCAGCAGCGGGACCAGGGCUCAGUGGACCCCGGGGAACAGUCACUACGACCCGGGCAGCGGCGGUACGGGAGACCCCGGACUCGGGGGGAGAAGCGAGCGCUCACUAGGCCCGACAUCAUCAGCAGCAACAGCGGGACCAGGGCUUUGUGGACCCCGGGGGAACAGUCACUACGACCCGGGCAGCGGUGGUACGAGAGACCCCGGACUCGGGGGAAGAAGCGAGCGCUCACUAGGCCCGAUACUAUCAGCAGCAACAGCGGGACCAGGGCUCUGUGGACCCGGGGAUUAGAGGCAGAGACCCCGGGCACCAGAGGGGUCAGUUACCGGGGUCCCCAGCUCUUGGGACCCGGGGGUUGACCACUGAAACCCGGGCAACAAGAGGAUCUGAGGUGGUGGGGGUCGAUUUACAGAGACCCCCAGCCUCCAGCUACAGACCUGAGCUCCUGGCACCAUCCACCAUCUGUGUUACUCCAGCACUCUGAGUCUACCUUCACCAUUCUACCUUCACCCUCCCUGGGGCAGAGAGAUAAGGGCCUCCCAGUGUCCAGGGGCACCGGACCACGUCCAGUGUCCAGGGGCAUGGAGGCCACUGAUGCCCCUGGAGCAGAAAGCCAGCCCUUGGAGCCCAGGGAUGCGGCUGGUCUGGCUGCGGACAGGUGUAAUAAUACUGCAGGAGAAGUCCUGGGCAGCGCGCUCGGAAGCCAAGACUGUGGGCAAGAAACUAACGCCAACCUGGUGGUGGGCAAUUGCCACAGCCCGCUGAAUAACAACCUGGGAGAGGCCGAUCAGGAGAUGAGGGUCAGUGGGGGUCAUCUUAAGGGCCCACCCCACCAGCAAAGUAAUAAUGCUAACCUGAGAGGGGGCUGUUAUCACAGUCAGAGUAAUAACAAUCUGGACGAGGCUGGUCAGGGAAUGAUGGAACCUUGUAACAGGCAUGUGAAAGAGCAGUUGCAUCUUCAAGGGAACAACACAAAUACUGAAGAGCGAGGAGGGUAUGUUAGUCAUGUAGUUAGUUAUGACGCCUUACAAGAGGACGAAGGGUACGGGGCUGGAAGUGGGGACCACCAGUGCUGUGGAGAAAUGGAGGUAAACGGAAGCCUAUCACAAGUCACAGAAGGUGAGCAAGACAUUGUUCACUUGCAAAAUGGACAGAGUGCAAGAGGUGGGACAGGUGACUGCCUGCUGGAAAGCGAGGAGUGGGAGAAGGCAGUGGUGCAGGACGGAGUGAUGGUGUUGCCGAUUUUGGGUGAAAGCAGCACGGACACAGAGUGUGUGGCUGAAAACAAGGCGCCAGAGCCGGAUGGAGUGUCACGAGGAGUGGGGGAGAACGGGCACACAGAGCUAGUGGCAGUGGAGAAAGUAGAAGGAGUUACCCCAGAGUGUGGACUACCUGUGGUGAACCGUCUGGAGAAGGAAUGCAUGACGGGGGAGACACUGGAAGAGAAAGAGAGAAGGCAGGAAAUAUCAACGGUUGGCAGGAGAGAGAAAUUUUCAGAGGACGUUUUAACGGAGGCAGUGUUGGAAGACGAAACUGUUCAGAGUGGCAUUCAACGGAGUAGCAGAGAGGGAGAGAACCAAAGCUUGCUGAGUGUUGUGCUGCAGGAGGAUAACCUCACAAACGGACAGGCUGCCGCAGAGCAGGAUGCCAACAAGGACUUGGAAUCGGUUUUGGAAGCAGAGAGCAAUGACAAGGGGCGGGCGCCGGAGUGUGUGGAAAGUGAAUCGAGCCGCGAGGGGCCGUUGCAAACGGCAGCGGGCACCGACGGGGUGUCUACUUCACCAUGCGGCGACUGCCCGGGGCACUUUGCCCCCCCUCGGGUACCCCUGGACAUGCUCUCCCCCCUCGGGAACGACAUUCCCCACCCGCUGGCCUUGGAUCUCCCCGGCACAGAGCAGGCUGUCGACAUCAAGCUGCCCUCACCACCAGCGGACGGGCGGGGCAAGCAGGCAGUGAAGAGGGUCACCUUCCCCUCAGACGAGGCGAUCGUCUCUGGUGCAGUGGAACCUAAAGACCCCUGGAGACACGCUCAGAACGUGACGGUGGAAGAAAUUAUUGCUGCCUACAGGAAGGCCUGUCAGAAGCUGAACUGCAAGCCGAUUAACAAGCUGCUCAAACAGAUCCAAGAAUUUAAUCAUCUGUCGCAGAGAUUGGACUGCCUGGAUCUAAAGGGGGAGAAAUUGGACUACAAAGGUUCGGAGGCCUUGGAAGAGGUUUUUAAACGGGUCCAGUUCAAGCUGGUGGACUUGGAGGCAACCAGCUUAGACGAAGAUGGUGCGUCGGCAUUAUUUGACAUGAUAGAAUAUUACGAGUCGGCAACCCAGCUGAAUAUCUCCUUCAACAAACACAUCGGGACGCGGGGCUGGCAGGCUGCGGCCCACAUGAUGAGGAAGACCAGCUGCCUGCAGUACCUGGACGCCAGAAACACGCCGCUGCUUGACCACUCCGCGCCGUUUGUGGCUCGUGCUCUGCGGAUCAGCAGCAGCCUGGUGGUGCUUCACCUGGAAAACGCCAGCUUGUCCGGGCGGCCACUUAUGCUCCUGGCAACCGCCCUGAAGAUGAACAUGACGCUACGGGAGCUGUUUCUGGCCGACAACAAGCUGAACGGGCUGCAGGACUCCGCACAGCUGGGUAACCUGCUGAAGUUCAACUGUACCAUCCAGCUCCUUGAUCUACGCAACAAUCACAUCCUAGACUCAGGCCUAGCGUACAUAUCUGAUGGGUUGAAGGAGCAGAGACAGGGGCUCGUCACUUUGGUCCUGUGGAAUAACCAGCUGACCCACAAUGGGAUGACCUACAUGGCAGCUGCCCUGCCUUACACAUUGAGUUUGGAGACGCUAAAUCUUGGUCACAAUUCUAUCGGGAACGAAGGUGUGCAUAAAUUAAAGGAUGGAUUGAUUGCAAACAGGUCGGUGCUGCGGCUGGGAUUGGCAUCUACAAAGCUCACAUGUGAAGGUGCCGUGGCCGUGGCAGAGUUCAUCGCCGACAGUCCCCGCCUGCUCCGGCUGGAUCUGCGUGAGAAUGAGAUCAAGACCGGUGGGCUGAUGGCUCUCUCACUGGCUCUCAAAGUCAACCAUUCACUGCUGAGGCUCGACCUGGACAGGGAGCCCAAGAAGGAAACGGUCAAGAGCUUCAUCGAAACUCAGAAGGCUCUCCUCACUGAAAUACAAAAUGGUUGCAAGAGGAAUUUCAUUCUGGCCAAGGAAAAAGAGGAGAAGGAUCAGAAGAUGCGGCAGUCUGCCUCCAUGCCCGAGAUCACCGUGACUCUGUGCGAGAAAACGGAGGCGUGCCAGGGAGAUCGGGCCUGCCCGAAGGAGGAGAGCCCGGCGGACGGGAAUGGCCAGGAGGGGGUGACUGGGACUGCCGAGGAGUCGGGUGGCGUUGGUGAGUCUGUGGUGACGUCCUGCACCGUGGAAUGUAACCGGCAUUCGGCAGGGAGAGAGAAGCCGAAGCUUGACUCUGAACAGACGGCUGCGGAGAAGGAGACGGAGAUGGAGACGGAGGUGGAAUGUGGAACCAGCCCGGUCACGGAGUCACCGUCGGCAGGGUCAGAGAGCCCGGCUGAGAUCUCUUCACCAAACACUGAGGUGCUGGUGUCCAGCCCCGGCAGGGGUCACAAGGUGUUUUUUGUGACCAGAGUGGAAAGCCCACCAGAGGACCCCGACAAACAUGAGCGGCAGUGGCUGCAGGAGGCGUUGCAAAACAAGAAGAAUAGGGCCAUAUCGGACCCCGCAGCAGCGGUGACCGUGACUGUUCCAGCCCCCGGCUCUGACAGGAGGCUCCACAACCCGGAUAAGUCGGCAGAAACCGCCGGGCACGACUUUGAGACGGUCUGCGCCAAAGACUGUGAUCACGUGAUGAACGGGGCUGCCUUGCCAAACGGAGUCAAAGCCAACCUGGUGCAGAGACUGCCGGAGGGCGCGGUGUUGCCCGCGGGGAGGGAUGGCAAAGCCGUGAGCUGCAACGUCGAGCAAGAGUUUACAACUCCUAAAACCGAAAAGGAAUUGGAGGAGUUAUUGCUGGAAGCGAGCCAGGAGACCUGCCGUGAAACGUCGUGAAAUAUAAGUGUGUCUGCCGGGUCCCGUUGGAUGUACUGACCUCGAUGAUAGAUGCCUGUGUGGCUUUCCCCCUCUCCCCACCCGUCCCCUUCCUCCUCCUCCUCCUCCACUUCCUCCUCAACGGCAGCAACAACAACAACAACAACAACAAAAGAAAAACACUUUCCUCCCUGACCUCUGCUCGCUGCCCCUGGGUGUGGGGGGGGGGGAGGCUUCCUCCUCGCUGUGUCCGCGGCUCCCCUUUGCAGGGGAGAAACGGGUCGGGAACAUUGAGUCCGGGAUCUGAACAAACCAGGCAACUCCUGGACCUGUAGAUUUCCUCCGUGAUACUGUAUAUGUAACAGGGCCUGGAUUAACCCAUGAUCCACAACGUUAGAUUUCCCUUCCUUCGCGACUGUUGCCAGAGAUUUUAGUACUAACAGGGUAGGACCAAUAUUGUAGAGACCAGUCUCUCCCUCUCUUCCUCCCUCCCUCCCUCCCUAUACUGAUCGCUGGUCUCCACUGUAAGUGUUUUCAUGGUGAUUUUAUUAGCACUAUCUGUGUGUGUGUGUGUGUGUGUUUGUGAACAGUGGGAAUCGAAACAAAAAACAGUAAAGGGAACUUUCAUCCCACUUACUGUUUCUGUUGUAUCUCACCCUGUGAGUUUUAUUUUUUUUAAAUUUCUUUUCCCCCUUUAGAUUAGAAGUUAUUUAUUUUUGGUCUUGAUCAUUAUGGGCGUUUGGGUUAAUAUGUUUAGGAGUGGCCGGGUGGGGUUUGCGCCUGAAGAGAUAGUGGUUUGGACCGGCGCGGCUUCUCGUGUAGGGUUGAGGUCCCACCUGGGCCUGGUACCGGGCACGAGAGACCCCCUCACUUUCCAGAUCACUUUUCGUGCCACUCGUCUAGAGAUGAACACUAUUUUAACUUGGUCAGUGACACUAGCCAUAAUCACUACAAAGCUGACCACUGGAUCUUAGUGGAUGUGAAGGCUAGUUUUGUACAAAUGUGGCUGCUACAUUUAUAGAAUUAUAACAAUAAUAGCGAGUACAAGCCAGAGGAGAAAGCAUCGAUGUUUAGGUUGAGUUCAUGAAGACUUCAGUCUUUUUUAGUUAUCUUUCCAACCGUUUUAUAAAGGCCAGUCUAUCCAAGCGGUUUUCUGUUUGUUAAUCUUUAAAAGGGGGGGGGAAGUGAUUAAAACAAAAAGCUUUGGCAAUGAUUCUGGCUAAGGAUGCUAAAAAUGCCUGGUGACCUUUAACAGCACAGAGGGGGGAAAA